AUAAACUAUUGUCCAUGUAUAAUUGGGUAUAAUGGUUGCCUUUUAGGUGGCUAGAUGGAUGAUGAUUUUGGGUGGAAGGUCCCUUCAACUUGUCUAUGCACUCCUGAUUUUACUGCAUAUGCAAACUUCUGUUGGAUUCGAUUCAACAACUGGUGAUUAUGAAAUUAGGUGCAUAGAGAGCGAAAGACAAGCGCUCCUCGCAUUUAAGCAAAGUCUAGUUGAUGAAUAUGGCACGCUUUCUACAUGGGGCAGUGAAGAAGAGAAAAAAGAGUGUUGCAAAUGGGAAGGAGUUCAAUGUAGUAACACAACCAGGCAUGUCACUGUGCUUGAACUUUCUCUGUUAAGAGGUGGAUCUCUUUCUAAUCAGCUUGCAAACCUCACGAGUUUGCAACAUCUUUCUCUUGGCUAUAAUAACUUCAACAGUGUCAAAAAUCUUGAGUGGCUCUCUUGUCUUUCUUACUUGCAAUUCCUUGAUAUGAGUGGAAUCGACCUUAGUAGGGUUACCAAUAGCUUGCAGCAAGCAAUUAAUAAGCUCCCUUCUCUCACUCACCUUGUUCUAAGAAGCACCAAUUUGACUGCUUCCACAUUCCAAUCGUCAUUAAAAUUCAACAACAGCCCUGUUUCUCUCAUUCCAGAAAAUCUCGGUCACAUAACUAAUCUGGAAUUCUUAGAUCUCAGCUACAACCAAUUUGAAGGAGGGAUUCCAAAAUCCUUUGGGAACCUAUGCAAAUUAACACACCUAGUGCUAUCUAAUAACAAGCUUGACGGAAUGCUUCCUGAAAUCAUGGGUAAUAUAUCAGGAUGUCUACAAGUCUCUUUAGGAUCUUUGAUUUUGGAUGGAAAUAAAAUCAAGGGACCCUUUCCUGAUAUGAUAAAAAACUUCUCAUCACUGGUAGAAUUGACUCUUUCCAACAAUCAACUAAGCGGGACUUUGCCCAAAAGUAUUGGGCUUCUGUCAAAGCUUGGUUCCUUAAAUAUUUCUUCCAAUUCUUUUAAUGGAGUGAUCACUGAAGCAUACUUCUUAACACUAUCUAAGUUACGGUUCUUGGACAUGUCUUUUAAUCCUCUUAACAUCAACUUUAGCCGUGAUUGGAUUCCUCCAUUCCAGUUGAAUUAUCUAGGACUUCAGUCGUGCAAGUUAGGCCCAAAGUUUCCAAGCUGGUUAAAGACCCAAAGAGAACUUUCUAUUCUUGAUAUCUCUAGAAAUGAGAUUUCAGAUAGCAUCCCAGAGUGGUUUUGGAACCUAACUUCUACAGCAUUUCAAAUAGAUCUUUCUUCUAAUCAGAUCCAUGGAGUUUUGCCAAAUUUGUCAACUACAAAAUUUCCUGAUUCUUUUAGCCUUGGGAUAGAUUUGAGUAAAAAUAGGUUGGAGGGUCUAUUUCCAGUAUUCCCUACUAAUGUCACAUACAUAAACCUAUCAGAAAAUAGGUUUUCUGGGUCAAUUUCUUCUCUCUGUACUAUAAAUGCUGAGAUCCUUCAAUUUGUUGAUGUUUCGAGCAAUCAAUUAUCCGGAGAGCUUCCUGAUUGCAUGGCGCGAUGGACAAGUCUAGUGAUUCUUAAUUUGGCUAAUAAUCAUUUACUUGGAAAAAUUCCAAGCUUUAUUGGAUCUCUGUCUCUUUUGGGGUCGUUAGGUUUGCAAAACAACAGUUUAUCUGGAGAAAUACCUUGGUCUCUAGGAAAUUGCAGUGCCUUGCAAUUUUUGGACUUGAGUUAUAAUAGCUUCUCUGGAAUAAUACCAACUUGGAUUGGAGAAAGGCUGAGUUCACUAGCUUUCCUCCUUCUGAGAUCCAAUAAUUUCAGUGGAGACAUCCCUUUGCAGCUAUGUUGGUUGACAAAUAUUAUCUUGCUGGACCUCUCCAACAACAAUCUAUAUGGAAGCAUACCCAGGUGCAUCCAGAAUCUAACGGCAUUAGCUCAGAAGGAGAGUUCAACCCGUUAUUAUCUUUUUAACAAUUCAAAUAUUGUUGGUACUGCCUGGUAUUCCGGAACAUACGCUGACAAAGCAUCUGUAAUGUGGAAAGGUAUGGAGCGUGAUUAUGGGAAUGGAAAUCUCAAGAAUCUCAGGAUCGUUGAUCUUUCAGGCAACAAAUUAACAGGAGAGAUUCCUGUCCAGAUAUCGGUUCUCCUUGAACUAGUUCAAUUGAACUUAUCAAGAAAUCAGUUGACAGGAAGGAUUCCCUCAGAUAUUGGGCAAAUGAGACAGUUAGAAUCUCUCGAUCUGUCACAAAACCAGCUUUCAGGUCAUCUUCCUGGGAGCAUGUCCCAAUUAAAUUUUCUCAGCACUUUGAAUCUGUCAUACAACAACUUUUCAGGGAGAAUCCCAUUAUCAACCCAAAUUCAGUCCUUUAAUGCUUCUGCAUUUGUUGGUAAUCCUUCGCUCUGUGGACUUCCUCUGACACCAACUUGCGCGGGAGAUGAAAAACCAAAGAGCAAACCAACAGACAGUGGUGGCAAAGACAAUCAAGAAGACAGAUCUGAAUUCUGGAAAUCAUUUACACUGGGAAUGGAACUUGGAGCAGCAAUUGGAUUUGUGGGAGUUCUGGCUGUGAAGUUAGAUCAUCCAUGGAAACAUCUUUGUUUCCUAUUGUUCAACAACGUGAGGGUCCGACUCAGCAACUUGAAGGACUGCCUUUAUUUGCUUGUAGCAGCAGUUGGUUUCGUGGUGAGAGAGCAUGUAUCCAGAUGGGGAAGAAAGUUGAAGUUGUUUGAGCCAUCAGUCUCUUCCUAGGGGCCGGAAAAGGUCGGUACACAUUUUUGCUAAUCUUGUUAAACAUCUUCAUUACUUAAUUAUAAAAACCAUACCAAACCAAAUAACCUCAUCUUAUUGUUGCUUUUCAGGUUCAAGCAUGUUGCAUGGAUGUCUUCUUCUCUUUCAACGUCAAUAAGUCCAAGCUGAGCAGGGCAUUGUUUCUUCCUUAAUUUUUCAGUUGUUUGGGUGAAAGGUCUGUUUGAAUUAAAUGUUUUGUGCUUCUUUUUUUUUUUUUUUUUUAUCAUCUAUUUUGUAAUAAUUUGCUUGAAACUGAUAUGCAAUAUGGAUUUGUAGUGUGUAAUUUAAACAAGUUCGAUGUUUUCAUUUUCCAUUUUUAAUUGAAUUCCAAAUUUGCGUAGGUUAUAAAAGUUAUAAAAUUUAGAUGAUCUU